GCACGUAUGACAUACGUAAAACGCAAAUAGAAAGUAUUGGCUAUGUCAAUAUAAUAUUAACAAUCUUACCUACCCACACAAUGUACCUACUCGUAAUUUAUGAUCAUUAAUGUCAACACUAAUUACAGUCAACAUACGAGUGAAGAUACAAAUACAAGUUCAGACUUCUGAGUAGUGUUUUAAACAUGAGUUUUAAAGUAGGCACAAGUACGUACGUGACUGCCGCGGUAGUGACGGCGGGUGCUGUGGGGGGCGCGUAUUGCGCUUACCACUUGUACAAGAAGUCGCAGAAGCCGAAGUUGCCCACCGAGUGGACGGAAGUGGGCCACCUGAAGGACCUGUACGCGUAUCCGAUCAAAUCCUGCGCUCCCAUCAUAUUGAACCAAGCUGUGGUCACUACGCUUGGCUUGAAGGAUGGUUGGAUGCGCGACCGUAUACUAAUGGUAGUAGAUGAGAAGAAUAACUUUAUCACGGCACGGGCUUACCCUGAGAUGUUGUUAGUGCAGCCCGAGAUACUUACGUCAACCAAUCCCAGUCCCAUACUCACCCUGAACCACCCUCAAAUGGAGCCGGUCAGCGUCAACUUGGCUGAAGUAACAAAUACGCAAAAGCCUAAACCGGCGGUAGUUUGGGGAGUUCAGGUGCCGGUGUACGACUGCGGAUGGGAGGCGAGCGAAUGGUUUUCUAGGUUGUUGGAUCGCACAGCGACAAGUUUCAGACUUGUAUACUACGCCAGCUCUCAGAGUCGCGCUCUGAGGCCUAGUACUAACGAAAUUUAUAAGUUCACGAAGGACGAUACGGGUGCAUUGCCAGACGAGGUGCCCUACAAUCUAAUAAACGAGGCGUCCGUGGAGGACCUCGACCAUCGAGUGAGCGACUGCCGGGUGCGACCGCAGAACUUCCGCCCGAACUUCGUGCUGGCCGGGGCGAAGGCCUAUGACGAAGACUACUGGAAGUUUGUCAAGAUUGGAGACAACAUCUUUGAGAUCAUCAAACCUUGCUUCAGAUGCAUCUUGACCACGAUCGACCCUGAAACUGGUGUGCGUCAUGAGAAACAGGAGCCAUUGGAAACUUUAAAGACCUACCGUCAAUCAGACGACCCGGCCGCGCGGCGCUCUGCGGGGACCGCGCCGAGGAUGGGCCUGCAGAUGGCGCUGCGAUCUGCGCCCGGCGGAGUCAUCGCUAAGAACGACCGCAUUUAUGUGGCUUAAAGUUUAUAAUAAUAAUAAUAAUGAUUUUUAAUAAAGGUAAAACACCCAGUAUACAUAUUACAUAAAAAUUAUAAAAUAGUGCAAAAAAUAAUAUAUAAUACUGGGAAGGUUAAAAGAUUCUUCCCAUUCUUCAUUCUAGCCCGGAGUAAAGACUAUUUUCUAUUAUGGUCUUGAUGCACAGAUAGCCAAUAUGUAAACUUUAUGUUGUGAAUUUAAUUUUUAUAGAUAAAAUGUUUUUUAAAAAAAUACCUAUUAAUAAAGAAAAUAUCAAAAAAAAAUAUCAAUUAUUGAAUUUGACUUGGGUCCAAUUGUUAUUAUAAUUUAACCUUAAAUGACGGAUAAGGAUUAUGUUAUAAAUUGUGUUACGUACUGUAUCUACAAAGUCCUCAACCGCGCAGUACGGGAUAGUGACGACAGAGACUAUGCGGACGAGGACCUUACACGGUUUGCCUUGGUUACUUACAAUAUAGUAGGUACACACUUAUGUUUUUAAGAUGUGAUAGGCCGGGAUCCGUAGAACAUUUUGUACAACUGAUUAUAUCAAGUUAAUUUUUCGUGAGUUUUUAUUUACGAAAAAUCCUGAUUCUGGUAGCUGAGUUAACGCAGGAAAUAAAAAUAUAUGAGCUUCGGAACGAGAUAAUGUACCACCUUAGACCAGUUAUUAAUGGUCUAAGUGUACCACGCAGUUUGUAGAACAUUGGGGUUGUUAAGUUGUAUAACUUAUAAAUUAAUCAACAGUAAAUAAAAACAUCUGGUUAGUAACAACUUUUGAUAAACUACCCCUCCUCCCAACUUGUAUCAAUAACGAGAUUAUUAAAAGGUGUUUGUAACCUCUUGUUUAUAAACUCAUUUUGUUGAUAAAAUGACAUGAAGUGAUAAAGGCGCGCUACCCAGAGAGAUUGGUUCCAUUCCCAAACUGUUCUGCAAUUUGUGUGUAUUUUUAAAAAUUUAAAAUUCUUCUCUAUUGCGUAUAACAAUAUGUAUUUAAAGAAUGUUACAAACUUACAAACUUUACCUCUUUAUAAUAUUAGUAUAGAUGUGUGUGCAUGGGUGAUAUAUAUACAUUAUAUCUAUACUUAUAAUAAAACUAUAGCAAAUCCAAUUCUGUACAUUUCCUGCCUUCUCAUAAAAGUCACGCAGCGGGCGAUGGAGCGAGCUAUACUGAGAGUAUCUCUGAGUGAUCGAAUCAGAAAUGAGGAGAUCCGCAGAAGAACCAAAGCUACUAGUUGAGUUACAUAGCUCAACGUGUCGCUGAAGUGGCAAUGAUCGGAGCACUUCUUAGAAGAGCCGAUGGACGUUGGGGUCCCAAGAUGCUGGAAAGGCGACCCUGCACUAGAAAGCGCAGUGUUGGUCGACACCCACCAGGUGAACUGACGACCAGCGAAUCGCAGGUAUUCGCUGGAUGAUUCGGAUCACUUUAUGCGGUGAAUUUGUAGGCACGUAACAUAUUAUAUUCAUCAUCAUUAUCAUCAUAUCAGCCGAUGGACGUCCACUGCAGGACAUAGGCCUUUUGUAGGGACUUCCAAACGUCACGAUACUGAGCCGCCUGCAUCCAGCGAAUCCCUGCGACUCGCUUGAUGUCGUCAGUCCACCUGGUGGGGAGUCUCCCAACACUGCGCUUUCUAGUGCGUGGUCGCCAUUCCAGCACCUUGGGACCCCAACGUCCAUCGGAUCGUCGAACUAUAUGCCCCGCCCAUUGCCACUUCAGCUUCGCGACUCGUUGAGUUAUGUCGGUGACUUUGGUUCUUCUGCAGAUCUCCUUAUUUCUGAUUCGAUCACGCAGAGAUACUUCUAACAUAGCUCGUUCCGUCGCCCGCUGUGUGACUCUGAGCCUUCUUAUGAGGCCCAUAGUCAUAAUCACAUAUGUAUAAAAUAAUCAUUGAUUACAACUAUGUUAAUGUACUGUUAGUACGUAUAUUAAAUGUUAUAACGUAUGAUGUAAUUGUAAGAAAAUGGUGUUUAAAAAUUAAAAAAACAGGUAUAUUUUGUAACGAAUUUUAAUUAAAGCUUUUAUAUCAAUAAACGUUUAUCAUAGUUA